CGAACAGAGAAAUAAAGGUCUUUUCAUUAAAAAAAGUAUAUUUUGCUAGCAAAAUUUUUCUGUUAUGGUAGCAGAGCUUUUCCUUCGCAAAUAUUUCGCCCAGGGUAGUAAGGCAUCAGGAAAAAGAAAACUACUUACAGUAUCAAUUUUAACCGGACACGGAAGGACAUCUUAACGCUAUUUGCGUGAGCGUCUCCUGUACCACUCCCCGACAGAUCAUACUUUUACCUUACACCACCCACCAGAGUAAGGUUUGUUUGUUGUCACCAAGAUGGCGGCUGCUCGCCGAAUUGGCGGUGGGAUAGCGAAGGAGCUGAUAUCUGUUGAUUUUGAGGUGUUCGGUAGAGUACAAGGAGUGUUUUUUAGAAAGUACACCAAGAAGAAAGCUACUGAGCUGAAUCUUGUUGGAUGGGUGAAAAAUACUGACAUGAAAACCGUAGUCGGACAAGUCCAAGGAGAAAAGUCAAAUAUCUCUACCAUGAAACAAUGGCUAAAGCACACUGGAAGCAAACGCUCUCGUAUCGACAGAUGUGAGUUCAAGAAUGAAAACAAAAUCACAAGCUUGACUUUUGCAUCAUUUGAUAUUGUCAAAUAGACAAAAUGAAAAUUGUAAAUAUUAUUGUCUGUAAAUAGUCUAUUCUUUGAUAUUCAUAUUGACAUAGUAAAAAAAAUGUCUUUGGGUCAA